GUAAACAAAGAACCCCCCCCCGAUUCAGUUGGAUUUCGAGGAGAAGGGCGACUGUGGUGUGCAACAAUGUGAAGAUUCCAGAUGCAGAAGGGGAAGAGUGUUGAAGAGGAAGAUAGGUACUCGACAACACUCGGCAUCGGAGGAUAGCAUGGAGGAAGUUUCAAGUUGUCAGAAGAAAUUGGAAGAAGACUCAUGUUCACAGGUGAAAGUGAAUUCCUGUUCACAGGACAAAUUAGAUGACUAUUCGUGUUCACAGGAGAUAUUUGAAGAAGAUUCCUGUUCACAGGAGAAAUUGGAAGAAGAUUCCUGUUCACAGGAGAAAUUGGAAGAACAUAGUUCACAGUCGGAGGCAGAGUCCGAAGAGGACGAGUCAUCAGUGAAUUCUUUUGACGUGAUAACUGAAAAUAUUUUGGGUUUGGUCGAGGAGGAGUUCGAACGUGAUCCGGCAUGCGGCGGAUCCUCUAAGAUUCUAAGGGAAAAUGCGGAAGUGAUUAUGGCCAUGUUGACAGAAGAGCAGCUGAUAAUUGCCAAGAUUGAGAAGCAGGCAGCGCGGGCUUGUCCGCGGGACACUGAGGAGCCCCCGCCUAAACGGAGGAAAUGUUAAUUGCAAGAAGUUUAAUUAAAUUACAUUGUAUCCCAUAUUGGUUAAAUAAACAGCAAAAUUGUGAGGCCGCCCA